UAGUGUUGCCGGGUGCACACCACUGUCCUGCUUAUGCAAGAAAGGAAAUCCGGAGUCCAGGGCACAGCUGCAGAGCUGUGGUCCAUACUGCAGGUCCUUUGGGGUUGGACUUUACAAAAACAGACAAAGCGUUCACCUUUGAAGAUUAGUUUUCUCCGGACCCUACCAACGAAACACUUCUGGACCCAGAUAUUGGGAAGAGAGAGAGAGCAGUCAAGGAAAGACAGAGAAAGAGAAAGAAAGAAAGAAAAUGAAUUCUUCCAAAUCUUCCGCAUCACAAUGUGCAGAGAAAGGAUGCUUCUCUCACCAGGGACACUUCUGGGCUGUGGCUGGGGCCUCCAUCCUGCUUCUUUCUGCCUGUUUUAUUGCCAGAUGUGUUGUAACAUAUCAGAGCUUUCGCACUUGUGAUGAGAAGAAGCUGCAGCCACGUGCACAUUUCCAGGAGAUUUCCUGCGAUAAUAAUGGACCAGGUUCAGUAAAGCGUUGCUGUCCACUGAACUGGCUACACUUCCAAUCGAGCUGCUACUUCUUUUCUUCCACCACCUUGACCUGGCCGUCAAGUUUAAAAAACUGCUCGGGCAUGGGGGCUCAUCUAGUGGUCAUCAACACGGCAGAGGAACAGGAGUUCCUUUUCCACACAAAACCUAAACUGAGAGAGUAUUACAUUGGCCUGACAGACCAGGUGAUCGAGGGGCAGUGGCAGUGGGUGGAUGGCACACCUUUCUCUCUGAGCUUCUGGGAUGCAGGGGAGCCCAACAACAUAGUCAGCGUGGAGGACUGUGCCACAAUUAGGGACUCUGGGGACCCGAAGAGGAACUGGAACGAUGUGCCCUGCUUCUUCUCCAUGUUUCGGGUUUGUGAAAUGCCAGAGAUAAAUCCCCUGGACUGAGACAGUUACCUAUGAACAGGAGCAUGGCUUAAAUCAUCUGUAAUGAGGAGGACCAUGUGCGGCCACACCCAUAAGGCCAGCUCGAGGGUUCCUUCACUGGACACCACAAAGGGCUCCUUCAGUGUCCUUUGUUGUGAAAAAAAUAAAAAUAAGUAAUCUUCAGUGUUACAGUUCACGAUAUGGACUGAAAUGCAUUUUCCUCCAAGCUAAUCUAAGGUCCUCUUCUUGGGAUUUACAAAGUAAGUCACUAGUAAAUACUGUGAGAGGGAAGGGACACUUCUUUCAAUACAUUGGUAAGUAUUUAUGAGAAAGUACAGGGGCAUACAGAGUGCAGAAAUUUCAGGAAAGAAGAUUUUAAAAAAUGCCUUUGAAAGAUCAGCUGAUGGCCUUCUUCUUUCUAAGUCCUGAAAAAUCUGUCUUCUUUUAUACUGUUUAUAUCUCCUGUCCGAGCAUAUACAGUCUCGGUCUCCCGUACUAGUAAGACACGCCUUCAAGUUAUGAAAAUUAAACCUGCUAAGAAGCCUGGUGUGGGCUGUCUGGCCACAAGCACUGACCGUCCCUGAGGACCAGCCUUGCUCGGCUCGUGCAAACACACUGCAAGCCUCGUGCCUGGACCCCCCUUUCUCUCUGCCGUUUGCUACCACCUGGAUCUCACCUGAAUAUGCAGCCACUACUCAGACAACAUUAGAGGUCAACAGUGAAAUUAUUCAAAACAGAAAGAAGAGCAGAUGCACUCUUUCCUGUCCAUUCAUUUCAUGAUAUCCUAUCAAUACAAAUAAAGCUACUCAAGAAUAUGUAAAUAAGGUCCGAGCUUUAAUAACAACGUUUCUCCAGCGUAGUGCCGUAAAGAGACCCUGGAUAUUCACACACGGGGCGAAUGUGUAAUCCUUGAAUGGAAGAAACGAAACUGACCAAAUGAGUUUAAUGUUAGGAAAAAGGAAAGGAAAGAGGUCUGAGCUCUGGAAUUUGUUAUUUCAGAACAAACCUGAGAGGGACCGCCCUGGCACUAUUCCCCUUUAGGCUAUAAGGUCUUUACAGGGGCCUGAGGAUAAAAAAACAGGCCUGUGAAAGGAAAACAUCACAAGGGGACUUUUGAGGGGGAGAGAUGGGUCCAAAGGAUCUGUGGCUCUCCACCCUGGGCCGAGCUAUUUGUCAAGAGCAGGGCUGAACCGUGAUUGGGACUUGCGGCUGUGGCUGUGCUUACUGGGCCUCACUGACCCAAGACCAUGCAUGCUGCCAGUGUAAGGACAGCAGGGGAAGGGGUUCAAAGUGGCCUCUGCACAGACCAGGGUAGCUGUGGCCAGAAUCCUUCAUUUAAUGUAUCAGCCUUUGCUUUUUUCAAAUGUUUGUUUCAUUUGGCAUUAUGACAAUCUGGUUUUUGAAAUCAGUCUGCCUUUAAACCAGAAGUUAUUCGACCUAAAAUCAAUCUAAUUCAUUUUAGAAUCUUCAACUUUCUAAUUCCCUUUUCUUGUGCCUCUAGGAAUUAGACCUACUGGCAUGCUAGGCAAAUGUUUCACCACUGAACUACGUCCCCAGCUCACUUUGGGGGCUGUAUGGUUGUUAAAUGUAUAUUGAUACAGGGUCUCCCUAAAUCGCCCAGCUAGCAUCAAACU